GAAAACAAGACCUUCGUUUAUACGGAUUGGAUAUAAUGUCGGCGAUAUGAAACCGAAUUACAUGGGAGUAAUUGUUUUCGUGAUCUGUCUGUGUCUAGGAGGCGUGGCCCACUGCAGCACUUACUUCCCCUGUACCAUCGCCUCAGACUGCCCGGGCACCUGCUACUUCAAGUCGGAGCGGCCAAUCUGUGGGGCGGAAGUGAUUGACGGCUACCUGGCGCGGAUCUGUGUCUGUGUCGCAAAUGAGUGCAACACGGACCAACAGUGUUCACAGCAUCAUUGUAUAACAGGCUAUAAAGCCGUCUGCUCCACGACUUCGCACCAGUGUAGCUGUCAGCACACAUGCUCACGCGCCUCCGACUGUGUUCGAUAUAACUGUCCUCAUGGCGGCGACAUAAUGUGUUCGUCAGUCUACGGGUCAACCAGUACGUGCGCAUGUCAAAAUGGUUGCUCUUCAAAUGGCGACUGCAGCACAAACAUCUGCUCGACAGGAAGUACUUCCGUUUGUGAUGGCGGCCAUUGUAAAUGUAAAGCCACGUGUCACUCGGAUUCUGAUUGUCCCAUCUUUGUCACGUGUCAGGCCGGGACGAUGCCAUAUUGCUCACCAUCAAACAAACACACUUGUGAAUGCGUGGCACAACCAGGUUACGUAAGGACAUGUUCAGCAAACACCGAGUGUUCAAAAAAUUACUGCAACCGACAAACUGUUCCUUAUUGCGCAUCAAACCAAUGUGGCUGCACAGAUUGUUUGGCAGCGACUGAUUGUCGUCAAUAUUGUCCACGUGGAUUCGAGAGAAGAUGCAAGGGCAACCGAUGUGUCUGCGAAAGUAAGAGCUGUACCACACACGUGGAAUGCGUGUACCAUCAAUGCCAGUCAGGUUAUACAGCAGCCUGCGCGUCCAACACACACCAAUGUGCCUGUAAACGCAUUUGUCAGGGGAACAAUGACUGUGCCCGAAAGCGGUGUCCGAAUGCCGAUCCCAUGUGUACUCCGGCGCAAGUCAAUACACGGAUCUGUUCCUGUGAGACCACGUGUUCACAGCACGGCGACUGCUCCAAUCACCACUGCUCCUUUGGCUAUCACAAGGUCUGUGACUCCGGAUCCUGUGGAUGUGGACGCAACUGUAGAGUUGACAGUGACUGUACUCGCUACAACCGCUGUCCGUCAGGGAAAUCUCCUUUCUGCAUGGCGGUGUCCGGCACGCAUGCUUGCCUGUGUCUCGAAUGUAACGACGAUGCAGGAUGUUCCCACCACAGCUGUGGACGUGAUUUCCACCCGAAAUGUUCUCAAAAUAUUUGCACCUGCGAUCAUAAUCCAAUCAAUGGGCACUGGUCGUCGUGGGGAAGAUGGAACACGUGUUCAAAUACUUGUGGAACCGGAACUCAAACUCGUCAGCGUUCCUGUAACAACCCACGUCCGAAUUACGGUGGCGCCAACUGUGCUGGGAGCAGAAGCGACACCCAGGCCUGUAAUGUAUCCUGUAUUGUCGAUGGACAGUGGUCGGCUUGGAGUCGAUGGACUUCUUGUUCAACAUCGUGUGGCCCGGGGUCUGAGACCAGACAAAGAACUUGCACGAACCCGGCGCCAGCCCACGGGGGGAAAGGGUGUGGUACAGCGAGUCAGGAGACCAAGGCAUGCAAUACUAAACACUGCCCAGUUGAUGGCGCAUGGUCACGAUGGGGCUCUUGGGGUGCCUGCUCGACCACGUGUGGUACAGGGGUUCAUAUCAGAUAUCGGUCCUGUGACAGCCCCAAGCCGGCCUAUGGCGGGCACAAUUGUAGAGGCGCCAAUCACCAGUCACAAAAAUGUAACCUGGGACCAUGCCCAAUACACGGUGGUUGGUCAAAUUGGGGAAGUUGGGGCUCUUGUAGCGUUACGUGUGGAGCUGGAAGUAUAUCACGAACACGAUCUUGCACACACCCAGCGCCAUCUCACGGUGGAAAGCCGUGUUCCGGAAGUGUUCGAGAUACACAAUCGUGUAUUUUAGCCCCUUGCUCACGCUCAUGUGCUGACUCUAGCGACCAAUGUGCCUUACUGAAGGACGUUUUCUGCGCACCUGGCAAUGUGGAUGGUCAAAAUGUCUGUCCUCAAACCUGUGGACUUUGUCCGGUUGAUGGUAGCUGGGGUAAUUGGGAAAAUUGGAGCGUUUGUACCGUGACCUGUGGGGGCGGGGUCAGACUCAGAUCGAGGCAGUGCGAUAACCCGGCUCCAUUACGUGGUGGGGUAGACUGUAUUGGAUUUGCACAGGAGGCAGGAGAUUGCAACGCAGAGGAAUGUAUAGUGGACGGGUCAUGGGCUUCAUGGGAAAGCUGGACCACGUGUUCAGUCACGUGUGACGGUGGAACAAGCGCUCGGUUCCGGAGUUGCUCCAACCCCACGCCCUCUAGCCUAGGGAAAUAUUGCGUUGGUCCGUCAUUUGACGUCACAGCUUGUUCUCAGAUACCUUGUCCAGUAAACGGAAAUUGGUCCGCCUGGUCUGAUUGGUCCACAUGUAGUGUCACGUGUAGCGUUGGCGUGGAAACAAGAUCCCGGAGCUGUGAUAAUCCCCCGCCUCAGUAUAAUGGGCAUGCGUGUGUUGGCAAUGUCACAGACACACAACCCUGCAAUGAUUCUGUAUGUCCUUAUGUUUGCAAAGACUUGAGUCCGGAAUGCUCUACCCAUAAGAACGUGUUUUGUGCAGCGGACCAUCCCUAUGGCCAGCAAUUAUGUCCUGUUACCUGUGGCACCUGCAGAGUAGAUGGCAUGUGGUCACAGUGGUCUGCCUGGAGCUCAUGCAGUGUCAGCUGUGAGAACGGAACCAGACAUCGCACCAGGAAUUGUUCAAGUCCUGCACCAGCCUAUGGCGGGAAAGACUGUAAUGGGACAAGCAGCGAAAUCGAGAACUGCGCGCCAGAAGCAUGUCCAAUUCACGGGAAGUGGUCUGAUUGGGCUGGAUGGUCGUCAUGUUCCCUGACUUGUGGAGCAGGCGUUCAAACACGUGAUCGGAAGUGCAACAAUCCAGCGCCUUCUCAUAACGGAAAUUUCUGCACCGGGGAUCCCUAUGAGAUCAAGCCAUGUAUACAUGGGUGUCCAGUGAACGGAAGUUGGAGCGAUUGGUCGGGCUGGUCACUAUGCAGUGUCACGUGUGGAGCGGGUGUACUUAAGCGCACGCGCGCAUGUACGCAUCCGUCACCAAGGUUUGGUGGCCAAAACUGCAAUGGACUGGACACAGAGACUCAACCCUGUAACAAGACGGAGUGCCCACUACUGUGCGAGGACCAUGACCCCGGAUGUACUAUCUUUACCUCCAGCAUCUGUGAUGUCAGCAACCCACAAGGCCGACUCAUGUGUCCAAAAAGCUGUGGUAGUUGUGACGUUGAUGGAGGUUGGAGCUCCUGGGAACAUUGGUCUGAAUGCAGCGCCACCUGUGGUGAUUUCAGCGUCAGAAAACGUAAUCGACUAUGCAAUAAUCCCAUCCCACAGAAUGGCGGGAAAGCUUGUGAGGGUCAGAUCUUUGACCUCGAACUUUGCAACGUCACAUCCUGUCCUCAAGAUAAACCUUGUCCGACAUGUGAUGAAAAUCUGAGCUGUACGUGGGACAAUUUCUGCGACGAUACGGAGACUUGCAUGAUACGGUCAUACAGCGGGUAUAACUUUACUGUCCACUGUUCUAAGAAAGAAGAUUGUUCGUUUGAGAAGGAUGUUUUAUCCAGCGGGGAGAUAUUUUGCUGUGACGACAGACCCUGUCUCCAGGGAAUUCUCGGCGUCUAAAAAAUCGACUGAAGUGAAUCUCAUAGGAAAUAAAUUUACCUAAAUACUAAUAUAUCCUUUAAUGUACACUAAAUGCUGCAUUGGAAUAUAGUUUGUAAAGUGAUAAAUAUGUUUUUGAUUCAUCAUU